AUGGCAGAGGCAGAGGAAGUGAAGCACUAUGGGGUUAGGGGAAGCCCAUUAAGUCUCAGAGUGGAUAUAGCUCUGAGACUGAAAGGUGUGAAAUCCAAAUUCUGCGAAGAGGACCUGCAGAACAAGAGCCCUUCGCUCAUCAAGUACAAUCCAGUUCACAAGAAGGUCCCUGUGCUUGUACACAAUGAGAAACCAAUAGCAGAGUCCCUUGUUAUUCUUGAAUACAUUGAUGAGACUUGGAAGCAUCAGGGCCUUCCAAUAUUGCCUCAAGACCCUUACCAAAGAGCCAAUGCACGCUUCUGGGCUAGCUUCAUUGAUGAGAAGUGCUCACCUGCAAUAUGCAAAGCUUACUGGGAAAUUGAGGGCCAUGAGAAGGCUAUGGAAGAAGCCUGUGAGCUUCUGCAAUUUCUUGAAAAUGAGCUCAAGGAUAACAAGUUCUUUUGGGGAGAGACAAUUGGAUUUGUAGACAUGGCUGCUAGCUUCAUAGGCUACUGGCUUAGACCAAUUCAAGAAGCUGUGGGUGUGGAGGUGUUGACCAAAGAGAAGUGUCCCAAGCUACAUGAUUGGUGUGAUGAGUUUGUGAGCCACAGUGUUGUUAAGGAAGUUCUGCCUCCUAAUAAAGAAACACUAAUUGCUUUCUUCCUUGGUCGUUGUGAAAGCACCAAACUACUUGCAAAGUAA